AAAAAAACGCAGGAGGUUGUAACAGAUCAAGACAUCGCUGGCAAAUAGGAAAAAAGCCUCAGGAAAAAUGACUAAAUUUUUUUCCCGUGUGAUAUGGAGUGAGGAUUGAAGAGAACUGGCUUGCGUCCUUCAACUCCUUACCGAAAUGUCUGAGUGCCUGUGACAGAAGUUCUCCAAGACUUAUCCUUUAAUUUACCUGGCUCCCUCACAGCAGAGAAGACAGAAAAAUAAUCUGAUGUUUUCACCAUAAAAUGCAGAAGUCAUCUUUAACUUCCCUCAACAAAUUUUAUUCUCGUAUGACAACAUCAUCAAGUCAUUUGAGCCUGCUGGAAAUAACCAGAUUGAUUGUUACCCUUGACCUCUGAGAGCUCCUAAAAAUUAUCCUGAGCAGUGCUACAUGUGAACUAAAAACAGAAAUAUGGAGUAAACCAGUUACACUGGUACAACUGGAGCCAGGUGAUGAAUUCUGGUCAUCUCCUACCUCACAAAAGAACAGCACCAAUUGUGUAUCUGAAGACAUUUUUUUUCUGCAUCUUCUUAAUCUAUUUAUAAAAAUUCAACAUCCUCAGAGACUGAGAUAAGGAAUAUUUCAGAAAAGUUUUAUUCAAAUGGAAAGCAUCAGCCAUUCCAGUGCAGAUGAAUAUGUAAAAGAAUAGCAACAGGACUAAUUUACUACUCCAUUUCUGAAUGUGGAUAGCUGAGAGAGGCCAGCAUGUGGUAAAGAGCAUCCUGGACAGCACUGUGCAAGGGUAGAAAAUUCAAAUUGGUCCAGAGAACACACAAACCUGGGGGAAAAGUCUAAUCAUUGCGUAGAAUUUGACUGUCAUCUUCCCAAGACAUUAAGGAGAAUUAUUAGAAUUAAGGUGAAGGAAGCAAAGAGAAACAGAAGGCAAAAGAUAUUCUGCAAAUGUUGAGCAGAGACUUCUUCUAUAAUGCUUUGUAAAACAAAGGCAAGAAUCUCUUCAUGUGAAGUCAGUCAUUUAAGACUGACUUUGCAAAUCUGAAUGGCAUUUGAUCAGCACAGCGGUUCAACCAUAAAAGAAUUCAUCCCAGUACUGUUCAGGACUACUAAAUUAAUUUUUACAAGGUCCACUGGAGUCUUUUAUUUGCUGACUUCUACUGAGUCUGCACAGCAGGAAGCAAUAGUUGAACUUGAAUGCAACAAGUUAGCUCUGUGCUGAAUGCUGCUGUCACAACUGACAUCUGUCAUGUCACAAUGAAACUUCUUGAGAAACUGCACAAAUGAUACUUGAGAGAAUGUAUAGAAAAAUAUAAACUAAAAGAAGAUUGUAGGAAGCCAAAAAUGCUAAAAGGCAACAGAUCAAGUGUCUGCCUUUGGCCCAAACUUGAAAACUCUGAGGGAGCACAAAGAUGAACCAGAAAGAGGAGGAUGCAAGUGAUCUAACAAUUAUAUGGUGAUGCUGCCUCAGAGCACUGAGAGGGUUGUUUACAUAUAAUGAACCCUUAUCCAGUCUGCUGGAACUGCCAGUCAGCCUGCCAUUAUUCUAAUACAGCCCAGAGGUAUUUGAGAGGAACCCACCAGUUUGUUUUCUUCUAGUCACAAAGCAGCCACCAAUGGAAGAGCUGGAUUCGAAUCAAUGAAAGGAUACACCCUCAGACAUGGAUUCCUGCAUAGAUAGAAAGUAAUCCAGAGAGCUGAAGAGACAAGAAGACCUGAUCUUCACAGUCUUACAACUUACGUCUAUACAAAUUACAUUUAUGAGAAAUUAUCCUUACAUGGAGCCUACAAACAAGAACCUAUAUAAAUAUGCCUGCCUGGAUUGAAGCUAAAGGACUGCUUUUCAGGCAGCUGCACAUGUGAGCAGCAGAGACAACAGCUGAGAGACAUUCAACAGCUUUCUUAUAAUGUUCAGUGACAUACACCUGUGCCCUGUGAAGUUCUGUGCAUGGCCUCUGCCAGACGUUAACAUUGACAUAGUAUCAGCUUGAUACAUACACAGCAACGUGCAGAAGAGACAAUUAGAAGCGAGUGAGGACUUUUGUGCAUUGCAAAGCUAAGUCAUGGAUUGUACUUUAGUAACUGUACCUUACAUUCUUCAGAUUGGGGGGGGGGGGGGGAGGAAAGGGUGGACGGGACCCGGUCUGAGUGCACAGACCCCCAAAUAAACCCCCAAAUCUCCCGCGGGCGGCCGCGUGUCUCCGCGGGCGCGCAGCCGGAGCGCGCAUUGUCCGCGCCCAGCGCCGGACAGGAUCCCGCAAAACUGAAAGCAGGUAGAGGCACUUCCUGCAGGCAGAAUUAAUGAGAGAGAAAGGGAGUUUUCCUCUGAUCUCCCUCAAAAACCAAUCAGGCCAGAUCAGCCAGGCGUUGAUUCUCCCUCCGUCCCUCCUACACCUUUUCCAAAGGCCCAAUGGCCUUGUCCCUCUGGGAGAUUGACUAGAGUCACAUGAGCUGCACCAAGGGCAGGUAACUCAGGAGAGGGGAAGGGGAAGGGGUAAGUAAAAAAAAAAAAAAAAAGGCGAAAAAAAAAAAAAAGCCCAAGCCCAGGCUGGGUUUCUGCCAUGAUGUCAGAGGGAAAGAAACCCACAGCUUGCUAAUUUCGCCUCCCAAUCAGCCCCGGGAAGAAGGAGAUCACCGGGAACAGUUGUUUCCCCCUGUGGUCAUGACGGCUUCGCACAGUGACUCUUUGGUGGUGUUGUUUGGGGCAACAGCUGGUGCAUAUGGGGCUAAACUGGGUUCGGAUGAGAGGGAACUAAUUCUCUUGGUGUGGCAAGUUGUGGAUCUACACAGCAAGAAGGUAGGGACACUACACAAAUCCCUGGUGAAAGCAGACAAUUUGGAGUUGAGUGACCAGUGUCGCGAAGUGAGUGGCUUAACACCAGAGGGAUUGGGCAAAGCUGAGCCACUGGAUCGGGUCCUUCAACAGUUUAGUCAGCUGGUAUCCAGUGAUUUGAAAGUACUUGGAAGGAGCUCCUACACACUCUGCAGUGAUGGCCAGUUACUCAUUCGACAAGUCCUCCACCCAGAAACAUCUAAGAAGAACUUCCUGCUGUCAGACUGCUUCUAUUCCUUUUAUGAUCUGCGCAAAGAAUUUCACACUUGCUACCCUAGUUCAGCCACCGUGAAAGAUCAGACUAUCAAGACCAUGGCGGAAUAUCUAGGCUUAGGGACAGAUGAAACAGAGGAGGACUUUGGCGUGUGGCAAGUGAAAACCAUGGUGGCUAUCAUUUUCAGCAUGCUCUCUGAAAGUUGUAAUCACAUAUUUACUGAGCCUGAAACUGUGAAGUACAAGUACGAAACAGGUCCUUGUAGUAAAUCUGAAACAGUGGACAGUGAAACAGUAAUACGUGCCAGAGGUUUGCCAUGGCAGUCUUCAGACCAAGAUAUUGCUCGCUUUUUCAAAGGACUCAACAUUGCUAAAGGUGGUGUGGCUCUUUGUCUGAAUGCUCAAGGAAGAAGAAAUGGGGAGGCAUUAGUUCGGUUUGUCAAUUCUGAACAGAGAGAUCUCGCACUGGAAAGACAUAAGCAUCACAUGGGUAGCAGAUACAUUGAGGUUUACAAAGCAACUGGGGAAGAAUUCUUAAAAAUUGCAGGAGGGACCUCCAAUGAAGUGGCCCAGUUCUUAUCUAAGGAGAAUCAAGUUAUCAUCCGGAUGAGAGGCCUUCCAUUCACUGCUACUCAGGAGGAUGUCUUGGGGUUCCUGGGGCCAGAGUGCCCAGUCACAGGAGGGAAAGAGGGACUUCUCUUUGUCAAGUACCCAGAUGGCAGGCCCACAGGAGAUGCAUUUGUGUUAUUUUCCUGUGAAGAAUAUGCACAGAAUGCACUUAAAAAGCACAAAGAAAUACUUGGAAAACGUUACAUAGAACUCUUCAGGAGCACAGCAGCAGAAGUCCAACAGGUACUUAAUCGAUAUAUGUCAACACCUCUUAUUCCCACUCUCCCAACUCCUAUCAUUCCUGUCAUACCCCCACCAUAUACCAUUGCCACGGGUAGCAUACGUGACUGUGUCCGGCUCAGAGGCCUUCCUUACACAGCUGGCAUUGAUGACAUCCUGGAAUUUAUGGGAGACGCCACAGCUGAUAUCAAGCCCCAUGGAGUUCACAUGGUCCUUAAUCAACAGGGACGACCAUCAGGUGAUGCUUUUAUCCAAAUGAAAUCUGCUGACAAAGCCUUUAUGGUGGCUCAAAAAUGUCACAAAAAAAUGAUGAAGGACCGUUAUGUGGAAGUAUUCCAGUGUUCAGGAGAGGAGAUGAACUUUGUUUUAAUGGGUGGCACUUUAAAUCGUAGUGGCUUAUCCCCACCGCCAUGUAAGUUACCAUGUCUUUCUCCACCAGCUUAUGCUGCUUUCCAAACAGCAGCUGUGAUCCCAGCAGAGGCAGCGCUUUACCAGCCACAAGCCCUCCUGCCAACCACCAGGACUCCCCAGGCCUCCGCGGCUGCUCCUCCAACUGUUACCUACUACCCAGCUCAGGCUGCUCAGCUUUAUAUGAAUUACACAGCUUACUAUCCCAGUCCUCCAGUAUCCCCUACCACUGUGGGGUAUAUUGCAGCUCCUCCAGGAGCUGUAGCUGCUGCUGCCACUGCCACCCACACUCCGCUUCUGCCCCAGCCUGGAGCAUUAGUCCGUAUGCAGGGCUUGCCAUAUAACACAGGAAUGAAGGAGAUACUCAGCUUCUUCCAGGGGUACCAGUAUGCACCUGAUGACUACAAUGGCCUUAUUCAGCUGAGCGAUCAAGCAAGGAGUGUGUUACAAGCACCGAAAGAGUGGGUCUGUUUGUAACUCACUGUAACUUCUGAAGAAGCUCCACGCAGAUUCCAUCCUCGUGCUUUACAACUUUAGCGGCCAGCCCAGUGGAGAGGCAUUGGUGACUUUUCCAAGCCUGGAUCUAGCUAAGAAAGCAGUGGCUGAGAAAAACGGACAGCUCCUGGGAAGCCGCUAUGUAGAACUGUACCUGGUCUAACUAAACACUCUUUGGGGAAUGGGGAAAGAAUGUCGCACUAAACACCGUGCCUUUUGCAAAAUAAGGAGUCUUCCCUUGCCGCCCAGGCAGCAGCAAAUGUGCCUUUUCAGCAUAAUAUGUUGGAAUGUAGAGUGGUACAUGUCCUGUAUUUAAUUUGAAAAAUGGCGUACCCUAUGCCAAAGAUAAAGUGAAACCAAAAAUUAUGCAGUUAAUUUACUUAAUUUCUAAUGUACUUGUUUAAAAAUAAGCAAGCCUGCUCCUGGCAUCUAGUUAAUUCUGAAGACAAUCUAAUAGCACUUCAGCUAUCGCAGCCAUGGGAGAAACCCGUUCAGUAGUAUUUGAAGUGGAAAGCGAAGCUUGAGUCAUUCAGUUUCUUCUAUGUUUAGUUUUUAAGAGUUUACACUUGACAAAGUGUCUGGGUUUUGUAGAGUUUAAAUGUCUUUAGAAAGGUUUUUUGGAAUGCAUAGCUUUCCCAGUUCAAAGCGUAGAUCAUAUUGAUUUUUUUUGUUGUUGUUGUUCCUGACUGGAAAAUACCAGGAUGCUGGAUCCCAAAUGCAAUUGUGCUUUUUCAUGUUUUCAUUAUACGUUGUUUUGCAAAAGCCAUAUUUGUCUUUUUUACCAAUGUACUGCUGCCAACCUGCAAAGCAAAAAAAUUAAAACAGCAAACCCAGGAAAAUCCUCCCUGCCCACCCAUAACUCCCUGCCCCCAGCCCCAAACUUUUAAUCACUACAGGACAAAAAUGGCACAUAAACCUGAGUACUAAUAAGUUAUAUUUUUUUAUUUAAGCAUAAUAGCUUUCAGAUACUGUAUUAAGAUUUUGCUCUAGUUUAUGUGCAUGCAAUUUGUUUACAUCUUUAAACUACUUUAUUUGUAUAUUAUGAAACAACAAGAUAUUUUGAAAUCUAAAUCCUCCAGUGCAUGCUUUUUUCUUUUUCCCUGUGUGUGUAUAUACAUAAGCUAGAAGAAGUACUUUUACGUCAUGUAGCAUGUGUUUAAAAAAAGACAUCUGCUGUAGAAGCACUAAAUGACUUUGUUUUUACUGUGCCUUACUUCAAAACCAUUCCAAGUGCAAUACCAGCAGAGCAAAAUGUAAUGAAUCCUGUUGUGACAUGUUCAUGGAUGUCUGAAUUGAUCUUUUUUGUUAGUUGAGUUGUACUUAAAAGAACUGAAUGAUGUAUGCUUCUUUAUAUUACAACAAAUAAAAGAGAUGCUUACGAUGUGUAUUGGCUUUUGAAA